AUGUCGCAAGAGUACGAGAGUGUCGAUGUCCCCGAAGAGUCGACAGCCAAUCCCGGCAAUGAUGUCGAAAUGGAGGAAGGCGCCUCUGGUGCGGCAAACGGCGACGAAGAUGGAGCACUCGUCGAGAUCCCCCUCCCCGACGACAACGCGGUUGCGCCGGCAAGACCUACAUUUGCGAGCUAUCUCAUGAGCCCAGUUGUUUACUUGAUUGUUGGAUCAGAGGAGCCUGUUACGCUUACAGUCCACCAAGACCUUUUGACACAGUCCCCGCACUUCCAAGAAGCGUGCAAUAUGUUCAUAGACGAUGGUUCGAUACGUCAAAUAGAGCUCCCCGACGAAAGCAUUGAGGCUGUCGGGUGCUUCCUCGAGUUUCUAUACACCGGCGAAUACUUCCCCAGGAAGCUGCCAGGACAGCGCGUCCUCGAAUCCGACCCAAGCCUUCCUACAGUCGACGACAGCGGCGACCAGCUGCUCAAGCAUGCGCGCGUCUACACAAUCGCCGAGAAGUACGGUGUCGACAAGCUCAAGACCCUGGCGAGCUCCAAAAUUCAUUGCGUCAACUCUACGGCCAAGGGCGAGAUUGCCUACGCCCGCUACGUCUACGGCUACACUCGGAUCGACGACGCCCACAUGCGCGCGCCCAUCGCAAGCUUCUGGGCUACCCGCUCGCAUACCUUGCGCUCCGAGGCCGAGGAGGAGUUCAAGUCGUUGUGCUUGGAAUACCCCCAGUUCGGAUACGAUGUGCUCACUCGUGUACUAGACGACAAGGCCAAACGGGAACGACACGAAAAGAUGCACCCGGUGACCGGAAGCGGUCGCAAGCGCGCCCGCCAGAGCAGCGGUGCUUAG